AUGGGGUACUUGGACCAGCCACCACUGACUCUGCACAGAACAUCCUACAUGCACAUGAACUUCUGCAAUGAGCACAACGUUCCAGAAUGUGUCACACAUAUCAAUCAGGAGGUGCUAUCACUGGGACUUCCACCAGUUUGGACGCAGUCUGGCAGCAGCUCCGACGUGAAUGUUGUCUCGCUACUUAACUGCGUGUACGAGCUGCUUCAGCUCCACCGCAGAGGCCUCCAAACUGUGGAGAACAUGGAGAUGGAGCAGUUGAAGUCCAGCAACAGUGUUGACUCCCUGCAGCUCACCAUCACGCGAUUGAAGGAGCAGCUUGAACUUGCCAAAAGAGAGAACACGGGUCUUCUUGAGCGGGAACGACAGCUCCAGCUGAAAGUGAAGAGUUUGCAGAACUCCUUGAAAAGCGAAAAGGAAGAGAUUCACAAGCUACAGAACAUUGUGUCCAGCCGGGCUAGCCAGUACAAUCACGAAAUGAAGAGAAAAGAGAGAGAAUUAAACAAACUGAAAGAGAGACUGAAUCAGCUCCUGGUCGACAAAAAGGAGAAGAGACUUGCGAUUGACGUGUCAAAUAAACUUGGAAGGGCAGACGGCAAGAGGAGCCUCUGGAAGACUGAGAAGACGGUAGCAAAGCACGAGGGGGAGAUGUACAAAACUCUGCUUCGGGACUACGAGAGCAGGCAGAAGGAGCUACUGCUAGAAAAUGCUGAAUUGAGAAAGGUUUUGAAGCAGAUGAAAAAAGAGAUGGUGGCCAUUCUCAGUUCCAGGAAGCCAAAUGUCAAUGGAGACAAACAGGACAACGGUGCUCAAGAAGUGGACUCGGAUGAGGAAGAAGAAGGGAUUGAUUCUUGUAAGGAGAGUGUAGAGCUGUUUAGUGUUCACGCUCGGGAGAAGUUGACCAACGGUGUUCGGCGUCAGCUGAAAAAAUUGAAGACCCACGUUGAGAGACUGGAUAGCCGAGAUGACAGCGAAGACACUGAGAAUGUUCCCCAAGACACAUCCAAGGAAAUGGGCAAACUAAGACUCGAGGCCCGGCAGUGUAAAGACUAUAUUCAGAAACAGCAACACCUCCUGCAGCAGAAACUGAGCGCUCAGUGUGAAGAGGAGACGUCCGCCAUGCUGGCCGAUUGCCACAUGUUCCAGGAGAAAGAUUGUCUCCGAGACGAGUGGAAGACCCUCGAGGGCCAGAGGAAGAGUUUUGAGAGGGAGAGGAGGAACUUCACAGAGGCAGCAAUCCGACUGAGUGAAGAGAGAAAGACCUUUGAGGAAGAACGCGCCACGUGGCUCAAACACCAGUUUUUAAACUCGAGCCCUUUUGCCGACUCCAAGAAACCACAGUCGCACUGUGCCUUUCAGACACUAGCUGAAAAAGAGCCCAGUAGAGCAUCGCUUCCUGAAAGGGCCGUCACCUCUCCCACCCCUGGAUGUGCACCAAGUUUUUUUUGGGGGGUACAGGUGGACUCGGAUGAGGAAGAAGAAGGGAUUGAUUCUUGUAAGGAGAGUGUAGAGCUGUUUAGUGUUCACGCUCGGGAGAAGUUGACCAACGGUGUUCGGCGUCAGUUGAAAAAAUUGAAGACCCACGUUGAGAGACUGGAUAGCCGAGAUGACAGCGAAGACACUGAGAAUGUUCCCCAAGACACAUCCAAGGAAAUGGGCAAACUAAGACUCGAGGCCCGGCAGUGUAAAGACUAUAUUCAGAAACAGCAACACCUCCUGCAGCAGAAACUGAGCGCUCAGUGUGAAGAGGAGACGUCCGCCAUGCUGGCCGAUUGCCACAUGUUCCAGGAGAAAGAUUGUCUCCGAGACGAGUGGAAGACCCUCGAGGGCCAGAGGAAGAGUUUUGAGAGGGAGAGGAGGAACUUCACAGAGGCAGCAAUCCGACUGAGUGAAGAGAGAAAGACCUUUGAGGAAGAACGCGCCACGUGGCUCAAACACCAGUUUUUAAACUCGAGCCCUUUUGCCGACUCCAAGAAACCACAGUCGCACUGUGCCUUUCAGACACUAGCUGAAAAAGAGCCCAGUAGAGCAUCGCUUCCUGAAAGGGCCGUCACCUCUCCCACCCCUGGAUGUGCACCAAGUGUAUCAUCCUCCACAUCGGACCUGCUUCACACAUUAAGCAUCAUCUGUGAAAACAGCUCCACCAAACCAAAGAGGAGCGAAGAUGCGGGUGAUGCCAGCUUCUUGGCAGCGCAGCACAAAUGGUGGAUUAGCGGCGGGGACCACAGCAGCCUCACGCUCACACGGAACAACGUCUCUAUCUGAGAAUAAAGGCCGAUGUCCAUGCACUGAGCUACAGUGCAUUCCAAAGUAUUGAGACUUCAGGAUUUUUGGGACCCAUGACCCGAGGGAGGAUAAAAGCAAUUGAAGAUGGAUGGAUGUUGGAGGUAUUUUGUAUGAUAUGGUCAGUUGUGGCCAUUUUGUUUUCAUUCAGAUGUUUUCUAUCGAGAUUUUGUGGAAAAUGUUUUCUCUUGUACUGUUUGGCUAUCAUAUUAGAGCCCUGGGGGUGUUCAGUACAAGAAAGAACCAUGUAAGGCUCAUUGGUUAUGGGUGUCAUUCGAAUGAAUGUUCUUUUUUUGUGUUUAGAGACACAGUAGACAUAUAUGAUAGUAACCUUUUUUUGUCUGAUGAUUAUGAGAUGAGUGUUCACACCUGAAAUGUGAAUUUUUCUAUUUCAAUGCAGACAAAUUUUUGAAACACUUCUGUAUGAAAUGUGUUUCCCCAUAUGCCUAUUU